AUGGAGAAAACUGGACGGGUCUUGAUUACUGCAGAUUUGGGCAGCGAGUACGGCUUCCGAGACACGGACGGUCGCGACCCUCCAAAUCUUCGUAGCCUCACAUUCCUACUCACUCACGCAGGCUACAAACAAGCUGCACAGUGGGUGCCCUCAUGGGUAAAAGUGCCCGGAUGGUUGCUGUGGGGUUCGGCGAGCAGACUAUAA